AGGUAAGUCUCUCCUACCUCAAUGGUGCACUCAUGCGUAAAUGGAAUCACUAGGCAACAUUAUUGCACUUAUUUUCGGACAAUGUGGAAGCUUUUGUCUUAUUUUAUUUCUUUUUUUUCUGAGUCCUUUUGUUAUGGCUAAUUUCUGCGCAGUGUCCAUAAAAUAUGUGCGUAAAGUAGCCUAGUAUUUUAUUUUACGAUUGAGAUGCUAUUUCUAAACAAUUCAUCCUCCAACAGAAAUGCUCUACACAUCUUUCAGAAAUGCUCUACACAUCUCGUAAAUUGUUUCUCUGUGGCGUCGACCUUCACUCAUACACACAAUGGUGGCUGAGCCGGAAAAUGGACGCUUCUACCCGCCGCACAUGGCGCAAGCGCAUUACGGCUCCCAGAGAGAGCGCGAGCGAGAGAGAGCUAAAAGAGGGGGAGGGGGGCCGAUGGAAAAGGGGGGUGCGGAGAGAGAGGGGGGGAGGGGCUGCUCUAAAGGGGGAGGAGGUGAGGGGAGCUAUCUGUCAGUCUGUCGUGUGUAAACUAGAGAUAGCCUAGGCUUCGUUCUCUAAAUGCCGCAAUAAGCCACUGAAGCUCUUUUAAAUCAUUGCAUCCAGUUCAUCCAUCUGAAGUUGUUACAUUUCUUCAUAACAUUAGUUCAUCAUACAGAAUUUAAAUAUAUGUAUUUUAGCCAACUAGACUAUCAGUUAAAUGAAAGUGCAUGCAAGGUCAAGCAGCACCUAAUGUAAUAAACCUUGAAUAACAUGGUGAUUGAUGAGGAUAGACUACAAGUGAUAAGGUUACAUGUAACAACUACGAAUGUGUGUGUGUUACAUGUUGCCAAAUGAAAUAGUCUGUCCACAUUUGGAUUUAUGUGGGGUUUGCAAUCGAAAUUCGGCUUAAAUUACGUCCUGACGCGAGAAUUGUCCACUUUGACAAGUUUAAUCUUGUGUUGUGUUGACAGAAAGUAUGCUAUGCGGGUCAUCAAUCCCCGCGCGGGGACGGCCAGCCACUCGUCACUGCAAUGAUUCGGAGAGGCUGAUUAGGGGGCGUGCGCGCCUUUCUGAAAAUACUGUCCAUUGUUCCCCUCGGACCAAUCAGUGCUAGACAUUGUCCAAAUUAUGGACCAAUCAUAACGUACUGGCCGUGCCUCGACUCCGCCCACAACUCUAUAUUAAAGGCUCCCCGGUCGGGCCAGGUUGCCACUGGCACUAUAAGUCUUUUUUUUCUUUUACAGUGGUGGGACUGAGUGGAUCGUAUCAUUAUUUUUUCUGAUCCCCUAUAACAUUUGUUACAUUAGGCUAAAACAGAAACAUGGCUGACACAAAAGUCGACAAGAAGGAGAUCUCUGCCAAGGACCUGAAAGAGAAGAAGCUUGUUGAGGAGGCAGAAAAUGGAAAAGAUGCCCCAGCCAAUGGGAAAAAAGCUAAGGAGGCUGAGGAGAAUGGCGAUGUAGAGGAUGUAGACGAGGAGGAGGAUGUGGGAGAGGAGGAGGAUGAGGAAGAGGAUGUUGAGGGCGACGAAGAUGAUGAAGAUGACGAUGAGGUCGAGGGUCGCGCAGGCAAGAGGGCGGCGGAAGAUGAUGACGACGAUGAUGAUGACGAUGAGGAGGAUGUUGGAACGAAGAAGCAGAAAACCGAUGAUGAUUAAGAGUUGUGUUUCAACCCGCUGGAAGCCCUUGUAACCUCUCUCCUAGACCACCGAGCGUUUUGGAGGGAAACUGUGGUCAUCAUCAAGUAGAGUUCAACGUCCGUGUACACACACACCCAAUGUCCGUGUACACACACACCCAACUGCAAAUUUUUUAGAAUACCCAAGACUUCAAAGUUCUACCUUCUUAACAAGAUACAGUACUUUAAAAGGAGAAUUCGUUUGUAUUUUUAUUUACAUUUUAUAUUUUUGUACAUAUUGUUAGGAGGUCAGCCAUUUUUCGACAGUGAUCUCUGGUUACCAAACGGUGCUUUGGAGUUGAUGCUUCUCUAUGAAAUAGACUUUACUUGUGGUUUGACCAUGUCAUGUUAUCUCAACACAAACUUGUACAAAUUUCAGAAAACAAUUAAAUUUAAAGCAUUCCAGUAACUUUGUAUUUGUACUUUAGUUGUACCAUACGUAGUUGGUUUGUAUGAGAUGGCAAGGCCAAAGAAAAGAGGUGUCUUUUCUCUUAUGUCGUUUAAAUUGCUGUCUGUUGUGGCCUGUUCAAUGUACGUGUGAAUUUGUUGUAAGACAAUAAACCAGAAUUUUAGUUUGUGAGCACUUCUGAUUAGUUUUUUAUUUUUAUUUUUUUGAAUUUUUCUUUAGUUUUUGACCCGUCGUAGAUGAGACUUCAUAAUGUUAUGUUACAGUCAACCUCCUCAACUAUGAACAUCAACAUACAGCUUUUGGCUCUAUAAUCUAUAAAAGUAUCCUUUUCAGAUAUGCUGUUCAUGUGGUUUAUUGAGCUGUUUGAACUGUACAUCAUUGUAAAUUAUUCAUGCCAUAAAGACUUCAAGAUCUGGUAAAUUAUAUUGCAUUUAAUAAAUUUACCUGAGUGAA